AUGGAACGCAGAAGUGUUCAAUGGACAGUACUUCCGGUUCCAGUUUUCAGCAGAUGUCUAAUUACCAGCCGAGACAUGUGAGAUAAUUCUUUGAAGAUCUACAGGUGAUCCAGUGCAGGAUGGGAACCAGUAGGACCACAGAGGAGAAACAACACCCCUUGAACAACCAAUGAACUCAGGGAUAAGCCCUAUUUAAAGGGAUUUGUAUAACUAUCUGUAAUUUACUUUGAUUUUAUGGUCUCUGAGGAAGUUCCUAGUGUGGGACGAAACACGUAAGACCACAACUACUGCUGUUUUAUCAAUUUUAUUUUAUUUAUAAUAAAAGCCGCUAUUUUAUACUACCAUCAAGAGUCCUGAUUUCCUGCUAUCCUGAGGAGAGGGAUCCAUAGCCCCCUAAUUACAUCAGGGUAGGCACCCUUUUAGCGCAUAAUACGUCUACAUUUUGUGAGGGCAUUUUUCUACAGCACACAUUAUUUGUUAAAAUUGUAUUACACUAUGUUUUGUCUAUGUUCUCUUUAGAUUCCACAGCCAUAUCCCAUAUGUGUUUUGCUUGUAUUCAGGAAGAAAUAAAGAACAGAUCCUGAGAGAGGAAGAGAAGAGGAAGCGAUUGAGGAAAGGUAAUUUUUUGACUACCUAAUUUGAAAAUGUUUGCUAUAAUUUUUCAACUUCCCUAACUGAAUCAAUAUAUUCUGUUUCCUUUUACAGACAGACAGACAGAGAUAGAUAGAUAGAGGAAUUAUGUACCAUUGUAGAAGUAGUUAGUGGAAACAAUAGUAUUGUGAUAACUUUUUUUUUUUUAAACUGCCUACAGGGAAUUAUAGCUUGAUUUAUCAUACUAAUCUGUUACAGAAAUUGGCCUAUUAAUUUACAUCUUUAUUAAAGAAUUAGCACAGCCUUUGCUUUGAAGUUUAAUUACUCGUCUAAAUGUUUGAUGGAAAUCAUCAAUCUUCUCUGUUGUUCAGAGAUAGAGCUAUGUGUUUUUCCCCUGAUUGUGUUAGUCUACAAGAAAUUACACUGUAUUGUAAUGUUUCUUUUAAAAUAGGCACAACAUGAAUGCAAAUCAAAAUGUUUCUGAAAUAAUGAAACAAAGCAUAUUUCAGUAAUCUGAGGACACAUUUUAAUCUGUACCACGGAUGUAAAUUUAUGUUUCUUUAUUUCAAAUAAAAAAUGACAUGAUCCUAAAACAAAACAAUUAAUUUUCUCAAAUAAAGAAAAUGUUACAUAUAUUGUUAUAUUUUUUUAUAUUAUAUAAUGUAUACUUCUUUUAAAAUUACACUUACCUAUGAGUCCACAAGUUAGACCUGAAGAAAAGGCUGACAAGACCGAUGGGAUUCUAAAGAAUAUUCUUACUUGAGCACAGAAAAAAAACACCUUGUAUGAUGGGAUUGGGUUGUUUUUUUCUGGCUCAUGAUCCAUCCACAGUGUUCAAAAUGUUCAAAAUACUCUUGCUAUUUGACUGGGUUACAUCUCAUUCAAUUGUCAAAUGAAUGAUAUGUCAUUCAGAUUAUGGUAAGUAUGUAUACCUCCUUUCCUCAGCUGAGCAAUAAGAGUUACCAGAAUUUUUAAUGAAUGCCCAUGGUGCCAUAUUCAGAGGUGUAACUAGAAACCACGGGCCCUAGUGCAAAAAUUUCCCUGCCCCCCUUAAAUGUACCCAUGCACACAGAUACACAUGCAGACACACAAAUACACACAUAUACAGAGACACACACAGACACACAUACAUACAGACACAUACACACACACAGAGACACACAUGCAGACACAGACAGACACACAUACAUACAGACACGCAGACAGACAUACACAUACAUACAUACAGACAGGAUAUAGAUCCAAUUUGAUCUUUGUUAUAUUCAGGGGAACCCAAAUUGUAUCAAGUGCACUUGGAGAAGCGUAAAUAAGACACCAGACAGGUGUUGGUUAUCAAAAUAAGCCUCUGACCUUUAUUUUAUCCGUUUGAGCUUUUAUACAUUAAAAAGUAAGUGUUUACGUGCAAAUACUCAUAAAACAAUAGUAGGAAGGGAGUGAACGGAUGAAGGGAAUACAGAUGAGACAUAGGGAUAAACAUCAUGUACAUAUAACAGAUAAGUUCCAGGAAAGAGAAGAAACAGACUGAUUUAGGAGAGAAAGCUCAGGUGGGGGCUAUCUGCUCCCGGAACUAGACAUAUAUGGUCUUAUGUGUCGUCUUAAGCAUUAAGCAUUUCCUGAGUCCAAGUUAGGCAAUUUUAAUAUAGGCUAUCUCAGUGUUUCCCAACCCAGUCCUCAAGGCACACCUACCAGUCCAGGAUUUAGGGAUUACCCAGUUGUGUCUAAGGUGUUUUUACAAAGAAGAAAAAAAACACCUUAGACACAACUGGGUAAUCCCUAAAUCCUGGACUGGUAGGUGUGCCUUGAGGACUGGGUUGGGAAACACUGGGCUAUCUAAUAUGACACCUAUAAGCUUGAACCUUGGAAUCAAGGUAAAUUCUUUCACAAUACACAUACAUAUAGACAGACAUACACACACAGACAUAAAGACACACAGACAGGCAUACACAUACAUACAGACACACACACAGAAAGACAUACACAGAAAUACAUAUACAUACAGACAAACAUACAGACAUACAUGCAGACAGAGACACACAUACAUACAGAGAUUCAUACAGACACACAUACCUUUCCCUGGGGUUCAGUGGCUCAGCCUAAUGGGAGUCAGAGUUUCCACUCUGACUCCCUCCUCUCCUUCCUCCUGCGUGGCUCCCGGUGGUUGCUGGGAGGAAGUGACCUGGGCAGUCACUUCCUCCCAGCCUCUGACCUCAUCAGAGGUGGCCCAGUCGCUCUGUUAAAGCACUGACCGAGCCCCCAGGAAAUACAUAGCAUCGGGUGGCCAUAACAGCAUGGGCCACUCGAUGGACCCCUGAACGUGCGCCCCUGGUGGUUACACCGCGCCGGCCGGGGCCGCAUUACUUAGUCGUCGGAACUACUGUGGUCGCAGGGGCCUGCAGGGAAGAUGGGCCCCCUGGAGUGACGGGCCCGGUCACAGCUGCGACCCCUGCGACCGCGGUAGUUUUGCCACUGGCCAUAUUCCAUCCAAAGGGCAUGCAUCUGAAUUCUUAAUGAUGGUUAAAGACACAGAAUCUUAAGAAUCUAAUGUGGUUUUUCCUUGUGAGAAUAUUAUUGCAGGUUUCCCUUAUGCCAAUCAAGGUUAUCCAUUCUCCUUUUAUUUGCCUGGUAGGAUCGACAUCAGGAACUCCAUCUUAAACUGUCACGAUUCGGGGAACCCAACACGCUGGCACACACACACACACACACACAAAAGGUGCCGUACCGGACCUUAGAGUGGCCGGGCUAAGCACACACAGAAUAGUCAGGAGACAAGCCGAGUAAGGGGAACCAGAAGACAGAAUAACGUGAAACAAGCCGAGGUCAAAGGGUAGGAGAAAGUCACAUAAACAAGCCAGAGAAUACAUAACCAGAAGCACAAGGUAAGUAGCAAUACUAGAAAGCAAAGACCACAACAGGGCAGGGAGGAACAGGAAAGGUAAGUAUUUAAACCAUAAGGUUAAUUCUGAUUGGAUAAUUUCCAAUCAGAAUUAACAAUCACACGUGGGAGAUAUCUGGACCUCCCACUGUGAUUAAGGCACUGUGCCUUUAAUGCCGGGUCAGGUGACUGACCCCGGCGUGUAUAAACCUGGGCGGUCUCCCAGCGUGCAGCGUCAUGUAUGCUGCCGCUGGGGGACGUGGAGGAAACGGCAGGCGGCAUCCGAGGCUGGAAGGAUGCCGCUCGCCGGACCCACGAGGAGGAGGGGACCGCGGACGGCUGGAGGGUGAGUACCGCGAGCGGAGUGCAGCCUCCCCUCGCAGCCGCCCGCGGGAUCCCGACAUUAACUGCCUUUGAACAAAGCAUUUGUUUAAAUUUUUUAAGUCCAGAACUUGUGUGCACGUGCCAUUUGCCUUCUGGGCUAAAAAAAUCCUGGAAUAAACUGCCAUUGUUGUUUCUUUUCUUGGGACCACUGAGUGGUCCAUGCUCUGAGAAGAUUUUGGUGAUUUCUACAAAAGCUUCAGAAAUAUAUUUGUUUCCCAGGUUAAUAGCCUUUACAAUUGUAUUGAGGUUUGGAUGAGAGCUGCUGCUAUUAAUAGCUUCUUCAAUCUUCUUAUAACUGAGAUUACUCUAGAAAAGGAGUUGAGGGCUACAGCUGCAUGAAUGGUGGAAACCAAUACUUGUGCUCAGUGUGGCUGCUCUGUCAACUGGUAGAGUUGUACAAAUGAGUAUAAUGGCCUCAUUUUACCAUGGAGUGAAAUCUGUCUCUCUGGUUUGACUUGCUAGUGCUAGUUUCUUUAUGUCAGCUCUUCACAAUAUAAAUCCACUGUUUGGAAUUUUUACUUUCCUGACGAAAUUCUAGUGUAUUCCUGAUCAUGGUGAUCAAUAGCUCUACUGCAACUGCAUGUCUAUCCAUGGAUUAUUGGGCUAUGGCUUUUCCUACUUCACCUUCUGAAGACAUUUCUUCCUGAUCAGAUAGCUACUCAUACCUGGCUGAAGGGCCUUUCUGCAAAUCUGAUGAUGACUCCAGUAUGUAUUGCCUCUUCUUUUAAAAUUUCAAUGUUGAUGUUGCCUCUUUCAUACCUUCAAUGAUUGUCCAUGCAAAGAAUGGCAUUUGGAUAAAACAGAAAAUAAUAAUAGGAAGAAACAAAUAGAAACCAAGGGCUUAGGCACUAAGAAACUGACUUAAGGAUGCUGAAAACUCUGAUUUGUCGCAAAAAAUGGGUUCCUCACCUUAACAAACUUUAGAUCAGUGUUUUCUGUUUUGGAUUGCCCUUCUACAUGACAAUUUGCCUCCUAAAUCAUAGUAAUGCAAGUUGAUAUUGAGCUACUGGGGACUUAGUUACAGUACGUAAUCAUACAAUGUAUAAGCCUGUAAUAAUGCCACUAUAGCCAAUUUUUGUCAGGUCCUAUCCUAGCAACCUAAUGCCUACCAAAAAUGUGGCACAUUGGUGUUGUUGCAGGCUUUUUCAAUGUACAAUCAUAUACUGUAACUAAAUCCCCAUUUUUUUGCCUAUGUCAGGUGUUUUUAAAACAGCUAAUAAUUUAUAUAAGCUUUGAAGUUGCUGUUUAGUAAGUGAGAGCACUGCAUUUUGUAUGUUGUCUUGAUUGACCCCAGCUGCACCCUCAUAGUGUGUGUGUGUAUGUUCAAGUGAGUGACCCCCUUUUGGUUCCAUAUACACACACAUAUAAAUAUAUGCAGGGUGACUAGAUCCACCAUCUUUACAGGGACACAUAUAAGUAUAUAUAUUUAUAAAAACACAUGAAAGAGGUUGCCCUGCAGUGUGUAUAAUGCAUAUUCUGCUUUAUUACCUACUGCCUAAUUUCUUAAUUUCAGUAUUCUUUUUUUACAUUUACAAUUCAUCUUUUUUGAGUAUUUUAAAUUGUAUAAAUAAAUGUUCAGUCAAAUUCACAUCUUACAGUUAAGUGCGUAUAUUCAGAAUAGUCUACAAUUAUUUAUAAAAUCAUAUAGAAUUCAAUCAGUAUAUAUUGACAAAUAUAAUCUUACAACAACAAAAAAACUAAAAAUUUGGACGGACACAGGGUCUAUUUAGAGCACAAAUAAUGCCAAUAAUAUAUCAAGGCUCUGAAAAAGGGGACAAUCAUUCACAGGGCAGGUUAAUUCAAUAGAUCACUGGUCUGGCCUGAAACUGUAUUUAUAUAGAGUUUUUAUAUAUAUAUGAAAUUGUAUUUAUAUAGAGUCUUUAUAUCAUUAUUAAAGUAUAAUUUUCCUGCCUCUCUCUGAAAAUUUAUUAGAGUUUUUAUUUCGAUCCCUGUUGGAGUGGUUGUAUUUCUCCAAUGUCUAGCUAAACAUAUUUUCGCUGCACCCAAAAUGUUUACACAUAGAUACCUAUUGUAUUUUGUUGUAACAGGUAAAUCUAUGAAACAGGAAAGCUUGUGGCGUAAGGCUAUAUUCCAAUGAGAAGAGGGUUAUCAGUUGUUCUUCAACAGAUUUUUUGAUAGGAGCCAGUCUCGGACAUUCCCACCAAAUGUGAAUUUGUGUGCCUGGAUAGUUUUGGCAACGCCAACAAAAAUGAUCUAAAUUUGUAUUAAACUUUGCAUGGCACGUAGGAACCAUAUACCAUUUCUGUAUUUAUUUAAGAUAGUUCUCUUGUUUAGAAUUUUACCAAUUAUAGCAAUUGUUUUACAAUUAAGUUGUGUAGUAUGAAGAAUAUCUAUUAAUUCUGGAUGACUUGCUAGAUCUGAAGUAAGAAAAUGUUUAAUCCUAAUAUAUUUAAAUAUUUCUCAUGAUGGGAGAGCAUACCCUAAAGUUGGAAAUAGAUCUUAAGGAUACCUGAUCAUAAAGAUCUGAAAUUAUUUUUAUAUUGUAAUUUUGCAAUUGUGGAAUAUCUAGAUUUAGCUCUAGUAUUAGUAUUUACAGUUUGUCCCUUUUCAAUUCUCUUUCUAAAUCUAAAAACCAGGUCAUCAAUACCGAUAUUAUUUGAUUCAAUAUUUUGAGUUGUCUAAAAUGUUCAUCCAGAGGUAAAAAUAGGGAUCUAUCCCUUUACAUUUACUCAUUUCUAGAUUAUACCAUCUAAGAUUUUUAUUUCUUUUAAUGUUUAAAAUAAAUAGAUGGGAGAGCAUACAUGUUUCAUGAUUUUUUUGUAGAUCUGGAUAUCCCAGUCCUCCUGAGAAUAUAACCAGGUACUCUUGGUUUUUUAGCAUUCCACACAUAUGAAGACAAGAGAAUUUCCAUUUCUUUUAUUAUAUUAGAUGGAACUGGGAUCGGAAUAGAUUUAUACAACUAUACAAUUUUUGAAACCAAAUAUGAUUUAAGAAUGUUUACUCAUCUGAGCCAAGAGAUCUCUAAGCCUCUGCACCUAUCUACUGUCUCCCUAAGAUCUAUCAUCAAAUCCAUGUAGUUUUUAUACCUCAUAAACUUUGAAUCUGAGCAGAGUUUAAUUCCUAAAUAUUGUAUUUCUUUGUUAGACCAAUUUAAUGUUUCAUACCUUUCUCUUAAAGAUAAAUAAAUGAGAAAUAUAAAAAGACAUAGAGUUUUUAAUAAAACUAAGUUUAUAAUUUGAAAAUAGACUAAAUGUCUGUAAUAUCCUAAGAACUUCUGGAAAAGAACGUGCCGGAGAAGAUAUCGUUAGAAGAAUUUUUAUCUGCAUAAAGGGAAAACAGGUGGUCCUGUUGUCCAACCAUUAUUCCUUUAAUUGUAGCUGUCCUUCUUAAUAGGGCCACCAAAGUUUCCACUGUAAGAACAUAAAGGAGGGGGGCUAGCGGACAACCCCGACGGGUGCGAUUUCGAAUCUUCAAGUUCAAAGAAUUAAAGAAAGGGCCAGUGAUUCUUGCAGUGGGAAGCGUGUAAGGUGCCAUAGUCCUGUCAGCAAAUGGGCCUGUAAGACCAAACACCUGCAGAGUCUGAGCCAUAAAUCUCCAAUUUACCCUAUCAAACGCCUUUUCGGUGUCUAAGGCCCUAAUGAUAGAUGAGGUUUUCUUGUGGUGGAUUUCAUCUAUGAUGUUAAUAACUCUGCUGGUGUUAUUGUUCCCUGAUCUGUCUACUACAAAGCCCACUUGAUCAGGAUGCAUCAAAUCCUAGAUGACUAAGUUUAAUCUCUGUGCCAGGAUUUCAGAAUAUAUUUUUGUCUAUAUUAAUUAAUGAAAUUGGUCUAUAAUAAGUUUCCUUAGUAGGGUCUUUGCCUGGUUUUUAAAUAGGUGAAAUAGUAGCUUCGAGCAUUGCAGAAUUCUUAAUUGCCUAAUUUCUUAUUCUAAUACACCUUCAUCUGAAUUCUACAUACUACAGGGCAACUAUAUAUAUAUAUAUAUAUAUAUAUAUAUAUAUACACACACAUACAUAAAUGCAGGGGUGCACUCACAGGUCUUAGAAAGAAUGACAACUAAUUUAUUGAAGUAAAAAAAUUCUUCAUUACAUCUGUGAAAAAAAUCUUUUAUUACAUCUGUGAAAAAAAAUCAACGUUUCGACCCCUAAGGGUCUUUCUCAAGACCCUUAGGGGUCGAAACGUUGAUUUUUUUCACAGAUGUAAUGAAGAUUUUUUUCACUUCAAUAAAUUAGUUGUCAUUCUUUCUUAGACCUGUGAGUGCACCCCUGCCUUUAUGUAUAUAUAUUUGUAAUGCGGGUAGCACCUAGGCAAUUUUGCUUUUGCUUUUUUUGAGAGUGCCAAGCUGUUUCUGAUUUUGUGUGUGUAUAUAUAUAUAUAUAUAUAUAUAUAUAUAUAUAUAUACACACACAUUAUGAAACAAUAUAAUACAUAUGGAAUAUUGUGUCUAUUUCUAAAAUUGUCAUUAAUUAUUCUAUUAAUUAUAGAGUAAUUGACUACAUUAAUGUUUUUGCAAGUCUGUUUAACAACAUGUAUUUUGUUUUAUUUCUACAUGAUAUCCAAGAAGAAACCAUCACAUUUUAUUCAUCUGGAUGGAGAUGCAAAUAUCUUGAUAAAAACAGUAUUGUAAUAUCACCUGCUUUAUAUCUCAAGUCAAUCGCAUCCCAUAGUAAGGCAAAUCAGCAUUUUCCUUCCAGCCAUAUAGUUGACCUUAAUUUGAAUGGAAUCUCCAGCAAACAAACGGAAGGCAAAUGUAAAGUAUCCACUGUGUCUUCAGAACCUUCUACAGUAAAAUGUACAACAAUGAAUAAAGAUAAAAUUAAUGGAACGGAGAAUGGUAGAAUAAAGAGACUCAUUAGCAUUAUGGAGAAUAAUACACCCUGUAGAGAUAAGGAAGUAAGACCCGAAAAGAAGACUGACAUACCAAAAGACCAAUAUGAUUCUAAAGAAAAUGUUGGUAAAGACAUUGUUUCCCGUUUGUGUGCUGUGCACAUCAAUAAAAAAAAUUGUUGUCUUGGGGAUGUUAAACGUGAGGAUAAAAGUGCUGAUUUGAUUGAAAAUUAUAAAGAUGCAAUAGCAAAACUAAAACACCAAAAAACAUGGCAACCAUCACCAAAUUCUUCUGAAAGUCUGGUGAAAGCUUCCUUCCAUGGUCAUAUUCAGAAGUGCAUCUUACAACUUCAUAAUUCAAAUACGAAACAACUGACCAAUCCCAUUACAUGUGGACUCAAAAGCUCCAUUAUUGAAAGAAACAGUGGUGGUAAGAAAUGUUUUGAAGGAGAGAAUCCAUGUUUAAAUUCAGAACAUAGUCAGACGCAUAUUGCCACCAGCCCACAAACUUCAGUGACCAGAACAUGCAAAGCAGAAAAGGGGAAAUUUGAGUGGAGUCAGACCACACAAGAAUUGUCAAAGGUGGGUAUAAGUUGUUGAAAUAAUAAGUGGUUUGUGCUUGUGUAUAUGUUAAACAAUAAACUCCUCACACAUUUUUUCAAGUUAGUGCAUUCAAAUUCAUGUCCAUGUGUGCCUUUCUGUCCAUCUGUCCGUAUGUCUGUCUGUCUGUCUAUCUAUCUUUCCAUAAACUCAAAAGUCAACUAACAGUAAUACCAUAUGGAAAUACAUGGAGAUUUUAUGUCAGCCCAAAGCUCUGAAAUUAUAAUUAAAAUGUAAUUCUCAUGUUGCAACAUUCAUGCUAUUUAAAAAAAAAAAUGUACCAUAUUAAUAUCUAAAAAUGGUGGUAUAAUUCAUGAAUUAUAACUAACAUAAGAAGGUAAAUGACAACAUUGAAUACAUUUAGAGUAGGAGAAUUUGGUGUCUAAUUGCAUGUUAUAGGAUUAAUUAUUUCUAAAACUUUGGCUUAUUAACCUUACAUAGCUGCCACACAUAUUUUUUGUAAUAAUUUAAUUAAGCAUUUAAAUUUCAGGCCACAAGGAAUUAAACUACACUAUGAUUACUUUAGGUAUUCAUUUGUGAUUUAACUUUGAAUUAUAUAAAAUUGUUAAGCAUCAAAUACAAUAAUAAUAAUACAUAUACAAAUAAUAAUAUUAAAAAAAAAAACAAUUUUCAUGUACAUUUUCUUUUUCCAAAUAACGCACACAAUAUGAUUACUUGUAUACUGAUGUAAAUUAUAAUUCAGAACAAGGAAUUAUGAUUAUUCUCCUGGGAAAGUUGUAAAUUAGGUAAGUAAAUUACUAUACCCAAAUAUAUUCUUUGUGUACAGAGUUAUAUUUAUGUGGAACAUGGUUAUUCAGAUGCCUCUAAUAAAAGAGAGAAAAGAGACAGCAGAUUAAAUAGAUGCAGUGUUUUCACAUGUUUUAUGCAGAUUGGAUUCCUUAUUGUGCUCCUGUGUGAAUGCAUGCAGACUAUAAAUACUAAAUCUAAUGCCAAUUCCAACACAUUGCAAAUGUUUCUUGAUAUUUUCCCAGUUGGUCUGACAAAUGUUACCUAGAUUUCAUAUGGUCUAUUCUGCAUAUGCAUAUGUGGUCUAUAAUGUGAAAUGCUUGAUCAACACAUCUAUUAUUAAAAUUUUAUUUUUUUUAUUCUAUUCUAAAAAAAUAUUACUGCAAAUGUAAUGUUUGACAUGCUGUUUAUUGAAGUCAUGCACAUAGAUGUAUCUUGUUAGAAAAUACAAGCCAAGUCCCCUGUACAGCCACGGAACAAUACAUUUUCCUCAUAGUAUUCUAUGACAUUGAAUUCAUCUAACUAUCUUAGGACAAAUGAUGGUCAAGAUCAUUUAAAAAUUUGAAUUUCCAUGAUGACUUAGGUACUGGAAAGAUGUGGUUGUCAAGAUGACAAAGAAUAUUAAAGGGACACUCUAAGCAACAAAACCAGAACAUCUUAAUAUAUUGGUUUGAGCAUCUUUGCAGUCCCUUUUCUUCAGUAAUGUAAAACAUUGCCGUUUCUGAGAAAUUUAAAUGUUUGCAUUUGGCUGAGGAAAUGAUUAUAGUGGCUGUCAAACUGAGGCACUUUCUGCUUAAUGCCAUCAAUUUUGGAGGCCUUUGUGUUCAGAGUCAUUGCACAAAGCAUUAUGAUGUAGAAUGUGGCUACAUUGAGAAGUAUUAGAGAGAGUCCUUCUCUAUGAGACACAUUUAAAUGGUGGAGCAUGCCAGCUGCUGUGCAUGCUCAGUAGCUUCUCUGGUAAAAGCAUCUUAUUGGAUUAGGGAUAAUCAUGAUUGAUAGAAGGCUAAUUAGUAGCUGCAUUAAGACUAUCUGCCUCUUACAGAUAAACUUAAUAGCUUCUUCUUUUCAUUUUUUUUCACACAAAUAGGAGACCUUGAAUCUAAAAUACAUUUAUUUAUUUUUAACAUUACAAUGAUCAUUUAAUUUUCUAAAAGGGUUGAGUUAGCCAGUACCCACUAAUUUCCAAGUUGGCCUUGUGGACUUCUGUUUGCAAACUUAAUUUUGGUAAAGGUUUGGCUGUUAUUGCAAAUUUAUUUUCACUUGGUCACAAUCCAAAAAUGUCUGAAUCAUUUUCUGCCAACAAUACCACCAGAGUUUAAUCACAUGAUCGAACAUUGGAAAAUGUAUUUCUGGUCUUCUCUGUUCCAUGACAUUGGAUUGACAACUAAUCUAAUACGCUUUCAUCCUGUGCAUUUUGAGAGCCAUGGAUAGCACUUUAAAAACACCCACCUACAAAAAGCCAUUUUAGAUGCAUGCGGGAAUGGUAUUGCCCAUCCACAUAACUGUUAUUAUAACUUGAUAACUUUUAAGAUACAUGUAAUACCAAAGCAAGCAUUCGUGAAAUGCAUUGGAAAGCUGUGAAUACAAACAAGCUAACAUUGUUAGUUGCACAUUUAUAUUCCUUUGUAAAAACUAAAAACUUAUACUAAGUAAGCUAACAAAUCUUAGCCCUAGAUUUACAGGGAGUGCAGAAUUAUUAGGCAAAUUAGUAUUUUGACCACAUCAUCCUCUUUAUGCAUGUUGUCUUACUCCAAGCUGUAUAGGUUUGAAAGCCUACUACCAAUUAAGCAUAUUAGGUGAUGUGCAUCUCUGUAAUGAGAAGGGGUGUGGUCUAAUGACAUCAACACCCUAUAUCAGGUGUGCAUAAUUAUUAGGCAACUUCCUUUCCUUUGGCAAAAUGGGUCAAAAGAAGGACUUGACAGGCUCAGAAAAGUCAAAAAUAGUGAGAUAUCUUGCAGAGGGAUGCAGCACUCUUAAAAUUGCAAAGCUUCUGAAGCGUGAUCAUCGAACAAUCAAGCGUUUCAUUCAAAAUAGUCAACAGGGUCGCAAGAAGCGUGUGGAAAAACCAAGGCGCAAAAUAACUGCCCAUGAACUGAGAAAAGUCAAGCGUGCAGCUGCCACGAUGCCACUUGCCACCAGUUUGGCCAUAUUUCAGAGCUGCAACAUCACUGGAGUGCCCAAAAGCACAAGGUGUGCAAUACUCAGAGACAUGGCCAAGGUAAGAAAGGCUGAAAGACGACCACCACUGAACAAGACACACAAGCUGAAACGUCAAGACUGGGCCAAGAAAUAUCUCAAGACUGAUUUUUCUAAGGUUUUAUGGACUGAUGAAAUGAGAGUGAGUCUUGAUGGGCCAGAUGGAUGGGCCCGUGGCUGGAUUGGUAAAGGGCAGAGAGCUCCAGUCCGACUCAGAUGCCAGCAAGGUGGAGGUGGAGUACUGGUUUGGGCUGGUAUCAUCAAAGAUGAGCUUGUGGGGCCUUUUCGGGUUGAGGAUGGAGUCAAGCUCAACUCCCAGUCCUACUGCCAGUUCCUGGAAGACACCUUCUUCAAGCAGUGGUACAGGAAGAAGUCUGCAUCCUUCAAGAAAAACAUGAUUUUCAUGCAGGACAAUGCUCCAUCACACGCGUCCAAGUACUCCACAGCAUGGCUGGCAAGAAAGGGUAUAAAAGAAGAAAAUCUAAUGACAUGGCCUCCUUGUUCACCUGAACUGAACCCCAUUGAGAACCUGUGGUCCAUCAUCAAAUGUGAGAUUUACAAGGAGGGAAAACAGUACAUCUCUCUGAACAGUGUCUGGGAGGCUGUGGUUGCUGCUGCACGCAAUGUUGAUGGUGAACAGAUCAAAACACUGACAAAAUCCAUGGAUGGCAGGCUUUUGAGUGUCCUUGCAAAGAAAGGUGGCUAUAUUGGUCACUGAUUUGUUUUUGUUUUGUUUUUGAAUGUCAGAAAUGUAUAUUUGUGAAUGUUGAGAUGUUAUAUUGGUUUCACUGGUAAUAAUAAAUAAUUGAAAUGGGUAUAUAUUUGUUUUUUGUUAAGUUGCCUAAUAAUUAUGCACAGUAAUAGUCACCUGCACACACAGAUAUCCCCCUAACAUAGCUAAAACUAAAAACAAACUAAAAACUACUUCCAAAAAUAUUCAGCUUUGAUAUUAAUGAGUUUUUUGGGUUCAUUGAGAACAUGGUUGUUGUUCAAUAAUAAAAUUAAUCCUCAAAAAUACAACUUGCCUAAUAAUUCUGCACUCCCUGUAUAAAUAUAGUUAAUUAUCCCCCAGGUAUCAGCCCGCACUCAGACCCAAGGUCUUUUAAUCUCAGUUAAUUGGUCUUUUCAUUCAACCUUAUUCUGUUAGGUGCCAAGGUAUCUUUCCCACAGCUCAUGUGCCGUAACCCACCCUAAAUGACACAUACUCCACUGUUGUCAUCUGUGGGUCAAAGUCUGCUCAUGAAGUAAUUAAUUUUCACUUGCUGUAGCAGGUAUUCAAUGUAGUAGGAACAAGGGACUCCAGCAGAGUUAUAUGUAGGAAACUGGCUUUAUUAAAGAUAUAUUAAAAGCAAAUUAAGGUCCUAUGUGUUUUUCUCCCAUUAGGGAUUUUCUUAGGGGUUGACAAAAAAACAAAACACACUUAUGCAGGGCCGUGAUCACCAAAUGACUGUAUACUUGUUAGACACCCCAGGGCUGUCUCAGGGCCUCACCCUAAAUAUAAAAUUAGAAAAAAGUCAAUGUUCCUUAUUACAAGAAUAGGUGUGACCUGGAAUUAUCAAAGUAUCCUAUGCUGUGGGAAACGUAGCAAAGACGUGUAUUUAUAAAUCGGACUGGAGAGGAUCUCUAUCAGAAUACAUCAAAUUCCAAGAUAAUAUUACUUACUGUGAGACUAGCCUUAUAAGGUUACUCCUAAACCUAACCACCAAUUUAGCCAUUUAGGAAGUAUAUUAGAAAAUCAGCUCUAUGCUUAAAAUUGCAAAAAAGGACUAUAUUAACUAAGCCUAUUUUUUUUAGCAAUAUUGUCGACAAAUCAAUGCUGUUGAUAUACUCCCAAAUAUAUUGCUCAAAAAGUCAAUAGUGAGGAGGCUAAACAGAUCUCUAUAAAUUAAGUGUUACACUGUUCUUAUUCUUAUUCCUGAUUUAGAUUAACUGUAUCAGUUUGCCCUUAUGAUGAGGUUAUGGAAUCUCAUAUAUAGGUUAUGCAGACAGUUACAUCACAUUUAAUGUGUUCCAAAAUUCAUUAUAAAGGGAUAGGAGGAAUAGGAUCGGUUUUCUAAGAAAAAGUCCCUCUCCCUAUUAAUCUAGCUAGAUAUGUUAAGGAACUAAAGAGAUAAGAGAAUAAUAUAAAUAAUCAUGUUGAAACUAGUGAAACACAAACUGUGAACUAAUAUGCCCAAGCCAAUAUAAAUCAAAAGAAAGUCUAUGCGCAUUUCAGUGCAACCUUGUGUGCACCUUCGUCAGGAUUAACGUUUAACUUUCACGGGCGGGUAGGGUCACCUGAAUAAAAAGUAAACGGUUUCUGAAAAUUUUAAUAUAUAUUUUUGUAAAGCAGGUCAUGAUGCUGAUGUUACAAUAAACAGCUGUACAUAUUAUGUUAACACGAUUAAACGUAUUACCACAAUUAAAAGUAUUAAUUUAUUUUAACCUACUCAUUUUUGUUGUAGGAUGUUUGGGGUUUUCCUGCUUUUCAUCCAUACCCUUUGAAAACACCCUUUCAUUUAAAUGUUUCUUAUUCUUCAAGAACUCAUACUAGGAGUGGUAAGGUAUGAUAUUCUUAAAGCCAAGUCAUACAGAGACAGAAUCCAAGACAACAGGGUGAAAUACUUUGAGACAUGAAAAAAAGACUUAGGCCUUGAUUUAAUAUUGUUGGAUAAUUUUUAAAUUGAUUCAAUAUUUCUGGAUGAACAUUUAAAAUUAUGUAAUAUAAAAAAAAAAAAUAAUUUUGUAAAAUUUUGAUAGUUUUAUCUAGAGCCUGCAGGAGCAUACUGUGUGAGAAUCAAGUUCAAUUUACAAAGCAGGGGAUAAAAAUGUCUAAAGCAAGUUAGCAUCUGAUUGAAAAUAAAACCACUUCAGAAACAAAAGUGAUUUAACUUUUUAUCAUAGAAUGCUUUUAAAGGAAAUGAAAACAUGGUAACAGAUUUAUUUAAAUAAGUCUUUACUUUGCCAUUGUGUUCAAAAAGCAUAUUAAAUACUUGAGAGGUAAAUGUUCUUAAUGUUUCAUUAUUUCAUAUGACAUUAAGCCUCCCUUUCAUAGAUUAGAACCAGAUAGAAAAAAGUUUAGUCCACCAGCUUGUGGUUCAUCAUUACACUGCCAGUCUAAGGCACACUAAAGUAUUAUUUUUAUUAUUAUUAUUUUAUUAUUUAUAUAGCGCCAUCAAAUUCCGUAGCGCUGUACAAUGGGUGGCCCUGCUCCAUGAGCUUACAUUCUAGAGGUAGUGGGGUAUAGUGACACAGAGGGUAAAAGUAGGGGUACGAAGUAGGUUGUUAGAAAAGUAUUAAUCGAGGGCUUAGUAGGUAAUUGACAGUUGCAGGAGAGGAGUCAUGGAGGGAGGGGGAUGAAAACCUGCUAACAGUUUAAUUGAUAUGCUUUCUUGAAGAAGUGAGUUUUCAAUGAUUUUUUGAAUGAGUGGAGACUGGUUGAAAUUCUUAUGGAGAAGGGAAGGGAGUUCCACAGAAGAGGUACAGUCUUGGAAAGGUCUUGGAGGCGAGCGUUAGAGGUGGGAGUUCAGACAGAGGAUAUACGUAGGUCUUUGGCAGAGUGUAGGGGCCUCGACGGGACAUACUUGUGUAGUAGGGAGGAUAGGUAGGUUGGAGCAGCAUUAUGUAGGGACUUGUAAGCAAGUACCAGAAUUUUUAAUUGAGCCCUAUAUCUAAAUGGAAGCCAAUGCAGUUUGAAUUUUCAUGGGAUUAGUCUUUUACCUCUUCAUAAACCAAAUAAUUAAGGUACAGAAUAGACUUGAGCAUGACAAGAAAAUUUGUCUCAGCCAAAUCAUUUUUCCAUAAAACAAACAUUUUGGGUAAGCCUAAAUUUUAGCCAUACAUCAUUUUGGUACUGAAAGACUGACUUGGGAACUGAACCAAACGGGAGUGAUAAUGGACCAGUGUACUACAAAAUGUAUACAUAAUAGAAUAUAGAAUAUAAUAUAAUAGAGUAUUAUGUAUACAUUUUGCAGUGAUAGGAGCAUUUACCUGCUAUUUGGUUUACAGAUCAAGUGAGAAAUAGUAGCCAAUAGAGGGAAAAAGAGGAGAAGCAGUAAAAAAAAAAUUAAAAAAAAUCUAUAUUUUUAUAUUUUUACUGCUCCUUCUUGUUCCCCCUCUAUUGGUCACUUAUCAUUUGAUCUGUGAUUAAAUGAACAUUUAAUGACUGUCCCGUAGCUUUUUUGUCCUAUCAAUAAUAUCUUUUUUUAGCGCCUUUGCAAUACUCAGCAUCACGACCCAAAAUAAACACUCUUGCCUAGAAAUUCGACGGAUCACAAUAUAGGGCUAAAUUCUGACAAAUCUCUACGUUGAGUACAGAAUUUAUAUUACUAUUGGGUUAUCAGUAUAUUUAAUGCAUUGUUUUAUCACAUAGUCAUGAGAUAUGGUAUAUUAAAUUUGGAAUGGAAACAUUACAAAUAUUGAUACUGUCCUUAUAUUUAUUAUGCUGUAUUCUAUUUUGUAUAUAAAGAGAAAUCUGUCAGCAUCAAGACAUAUCAUUUCUCCCCAAAGCCAUAUGAGAGAUGUAUAUGAAAAAAUAAAUGAUCUACUACCUGCUGGAAGUCAAGUUACCCUGGGGCUAAUGCUAAACACUAUACAACAAAGACUCAAACCCAACCAUAUCAGUGUCAUAUUUGGACAAACACACAGGUAAGAGUUAUUUGAAACAUUCAUUAUCUAACAGGUUGGAUUGUACAACAUGUGAAGAAUUAUAGUCUCUCUCUCCCUCUCCCUCCUUCUCCCCCUCUCCCUCUCUCUCCCUCCCUCUCCACCUCUCUCCCUCCCUCUCCCUCCCUCUCCCUCCCUCUCCCUCCACCUCUCUCCACCUCUCUCCACCUCUCUCCACCUCUCGCCACCUCUCGCCACCUCUCGCCACCUCUCUCCACCUCUCUCCCUCCCUCCCUCCCUUGGGGAUAGGAGGAAGAUGGGCUGAAGGAAAGACAUAGGUGGCAUGCCAUAGGACACCUGUCACCAGCAUGCUUUGUGUGCUGACAUCAGAUGUCUCAUGUUCUAGAAUGUAAUAGGCACGUGCUACUGUUUAUGGAGAAAUGUUGCACAUUCAGACUCCAGGCACCAUGACCACUUCAAAUCACUGAGGUGGUCUUGGUGCUAGAAGUAAACCUUAAAACAUUUCAGUUUUUAUCUGGAAAUUAUAAAUAUUCAGCAAUGGCUUUACACAGACUGGCAGCAGAUAUUAAUUGGUUGGAAUGGAAAAGAAGUCUGGAGGAGAAAAACUUAUUUUUUAGGUGGAUAUUUAUUACAAGAGCUUUCAAAUAAAUGGAUGGGAAUUUUACCUACUUCAAAAUGUAUUUAAGAAUUUUGAAUGUAUAAGAUGCAGGCAAUUUUAAACCCACAUGUACAUAAUUCAGUAAAACCUAAAACAAUUUAUUCAGACUCAUUAAUGCCAAAUCGUAAGAAAAAGAUGCAGAGUGAAAAUGUUUGACAUAAUAUUACUCACGAUUAUACAAGGAUAAGUGGGUAACUAAGAUCAAAUGUGUUUGUGCUGUGACUUCUGGUAAUUCAAUUAAAGUCCUGUAGCUUGCUGCAUUCCGUGUAAGUACACAAUUGCAAAAGUGGAGUGGGUUAUUAAAUUGUCUGGAUCUUCAGUCUGUGACUUCAGUUCUAGCAUCUUAAUUGAAACAGAGAACUUCAUUACUUUUGAUAGAACUUGGAGCACUUCAGGCUGUACAUUUGAAACUGUAACAGCAUAAUUGGGCAACAUUCAUUGUCUUCUCUGUUUUCUUAGGGCAUUAAGGUAUUUAAUGAAUCUGGUAUUUCCUAGGUAAAAUCGUGUUUGAACAGAUUUAAGUAAUUUCACAAUAUAAACAUUACAGAGCAAUAAAAUUUAAAUGAGAAACAAUUUUGACUUCACUUCUGUGUAGGAGUUAUGGAGUUGAUGGUUUGGUGAAGACUGCCAGACAGCCGAAGGGUUGCUGGUGUACGGUUUCAAUAAAGAGAAUUUUGAACAUUUAUACAAAUGCUACUUUUGUAUAUUUUAUUUGUUAAUUCCUGUGUGGGUGAAACUAGUAAGAGUUUGUUUAUAUUAUAAAGGAUUCAUGCAGAUUAUAGCUAAAUAAAGGACUGGGAAAAUCAUUGUUAUUCAUUUGGAAUGCCCAGAUUCUAUAAUCAUAUCAAAAUUGUAAUAAACGUGAAAUAAUUUUUUUGCUUGAAACACUGCACAUACAGAGCUAUUUGCACUUUUGUGCUAGUGGCUAGUUACGUCCCCAGCACAUGUGACUUUGGCAGCCCAGAAAAGCCUAAUCCUAAUGUCCAUUCUGUGCAUAGUUUACCUCUGUCAUCAACACACACUGCAAGCUGGCAACAGGUGUAAGCUUGCUCCCCCCUCCCUCACUGCAGCACUCCUGCCUUCAAAAUACCCUUCUUUAUUUUUUUUCAACUUCUGUUCCCCCUCCUAACCCUUUCCCCUCACUGGCUCAGAUCAUGUGCAUGUUCUCUGAGCCAGCUAAACAGUCCAUUGAGAGGCGUCUCUAUGAAAAGCCUUUGAUUGGACCUCAGCAUCUACAGUGAUGUCAGGAGGUGGUGUGGAAAGCAGCACCAGGAGCUUCGCUCAGCACUGGAUUAUUAUUGCUUAUUUUAUUACUUAUUUUAGAUGUUUGUGGGGUGGGGGGACUACCUAAAGAGUAAUGCCCUUAUAGUUAAUGAGGGUUGGAGUAUUUAUUUAAUGAAAAUUGUGAUUGGUGUCAACAGGCAGCUGCACAAAGCCACAUGCUUAGAAUUGUAGAAUGCCAUAUGUGCCAUUAAGUGACUUUACGGUUUUAUCUACCCCCGUGCACUGAGGGUGUCACGGCUAAUCGCGAUUCUGCUGGAGUGGCCACAAUGAAACAUAGUGGCUACGCCGACAGAAAAAAAAAAACGUGUACCCGACCUACUUCUAUUCCAGUCCCCAGUGAGUACGGCAUUCCUAGAGAUGCCAGCUGCUGCAGUUUCUGGUUUUAAGGGGAGACCUACCUCCGCACACAUCAGAUGGCACCAAUGUGCGUGCGACGUCACAUCACAGACACGCACGCACGUUUGCGGGUCAGAGGUCAGAGACAGCCAAUUACAGCCUAAGGAGGGUUAUUUAAACCCAAAUUACUUUUAUGUCAGUGACCUGUCUUGGUUUCCACUAGCUGGUUAUCUGAGAGUGUGCUCCUGAUUGCGUUUUUUCUGUUAUUUGACUUUGCCUUAGUUUUGACUUCUCUAAUUUCUGGUAUCCUUGACUUUUGGCUUUCCUCAUCGUUGUGUCUCUUUCUGUGUCCAUGACCUCGGCAAGUAUUUCAACUAUUCUCUGGUACUUUAAGUUCGGCAAUUCUAAGGUCCAGUUAAAUGUUAUCCUUAGUCCUAGGUGUGAUACUAUUCUGCGUGCUGGAUCAACUAUAAUCCUGACAUAGGGUCUCAGAGUGGAAGGUUAUAGGAGGAUUCAAGAAUGCAAUAAUGCUGAUGCAAGGCCACUGCAAGACUAUAUAGUCAAGAUUAGCUACUUGCACCCCUCCCCCACAAAACAACUUUGUUUGUCUCUUUCUUCCCCAGUCCCUUUGCAUAUCUCGUUCUACUCAAAACCCCUUUGUGUGUCCUUUCUUCCUUUCUUCUGCCCCUCUGUGUGUCUAUUUUUCUCCUCCAACUCCCUUGUGUGCAUCUUUGUUCCCCAAGAGCUUCUGUCUUUGUCCCCCAACCACUUUGUGUGUCUCGUUCUCCCCCAAUCGCUUUGUGUCUCUUUUUUCUCUUUUUUCCCAUACCUCUGUGUGUCUCUUUCUUCCCAGCACCUUUGUGGGUCUCUUUCUCCCUCACCAGCCCUACUGUGUGACUCUUUGACCCCCACCAACUAUGUGUCUCUUUGUGUCCCUCAGCCCCUGUGUGUCUCUUUGUACCCCUCCCCAGCCUUGGUGUGUUUGCUCGUGUCCCUUCAGGCCUCUUGGUGCAUCUAUGUCCUCCCUACCCCCCAUGUGUGUCUUUGUGCUCACCCAGCCCCUGUGCAUUUCUUUGUUUCCCCCUGCUCCUCUUUAUACCCCCAGUUGCCGUAUGUCUCUUUGUCCCCUCAGUCCCUGUGUGGCUCUUUGUGCCCCUCCAGUCCCAAUGUGUGUCUUUGUGCCCCUUCAGCUCUUGUGUGUCUUUUUGUGCCCUUUAAUCCCUCUGUGCACCUCUUUGUCCCUCCCCAAUCCUUUUUUUGUGUGUCUUUGUGCCCUCCUAGCCCCUAUGUGUGUCUUUGUCACCCCCUUCCGCCCCUGCCUACUCUCCUGUGCUGGCUCACCUCCCAUCAUGUAGCGUGGCUGAGCAGAAAGCCUGACAUUAAACUGUUCAUUUCUACCAGCGAGCAGCUUCCUGUCAGACCGGGUAGAGAAUACAGCAGAUCUUCUACCCAUGGUGAGCUGCCAACGCUAUGUGGAAUGAUCAGGAGGAGAGUGCACUCUCCCGUGCCUGUUACCCGGACAUUGCACCCCAGGCCAGCCUUGUGCAGAUGCAUCACUACUGGCACUUUAAGUGCUGCAGUAUCAACAUAGGAAUUGGGUAAUGCUUUAGUGGUGCUGAAAGGGAUAAUGAGGUGUUGUAUUGCUAACACUGUGGGCAUGAAAUCCAAGCUUUAAAAAUUUCAAACUAUUUGCCAGCAAAUAGUAUGUGGUGGUGGGCCUCCACUUCCUAGUCAACUGCCAUAUUAAAAAGUAAAAACACAUUCACAUAGGGUUCAAUAUGACACGCAUAUUAUUAUUAUAAGGAGGUAUACAUUAUGCUCAAACCCUCCAUAUCAUGGGUGGGGGCAUAUUUGCCAAACAGUUACUAAAACUAGUGAAUUGACAGUCACUAAAAAGCCCCCUAUUUAUUGUGUGAAAUCUGCCUGGAUGCCUGGAUCCUAGACUUUUGGGGAUUUUAAUGCAAAAAGCAAUGAUUAUAAACUAGACACCGAAUGCAUCUAGAUGAAUGGUUGAGUCAGAAUAGGCAAUUGGCUUUAGUAAAAAUGAAUAUUGCCAAUCCAGUUGGAAUUUGGUGAUUUUCCCCAAAUUUUGUCUAAUUGGACAAAAUAUUGUCUUUAACCCCUUAAGGAUGGCGUGCGUGCUAUGCCAACCAUUGGGGACCCGGCUCUAAAUGCCGGCGGGCGGCAUAGCACGACCCCGCUGUCCUAUGUACUUACCCGGUUGUGCUGGGGGGACUCACCCGGCUUCCCAGGGAGUCCGCUUGCUGCUGUUCCGGCCCUCCUUGCCCAUGUGAGCGCAUGGUCCUUGCGAGAACCUCACGAUCACAUGGAUGCAAUAGCCGUCCACAGCAGUGCCAGCAGGGGGAGUGCCUAGAAUAACAGGUUCUCCCCCUGCUGCCUGUAAAAUGUAAAAAAAAGGUUAAAACAGUUUAAAAUAGAUUAUAUAUACUUAGAUCAUAUAUAACACACACACACAUAUAUAUAUAUAUAUAUAUAUAUAUGAUUUAAGUGUAUGAUCAAAUUAUUAUGCAAAUUCUAUUUAAGUGUCACAAAGAUUAAACAUUUUGUUUUUCAGUUUAAUUCAUGGAUGGCAUUGUGUCUCAGGGCUCUUUUGAUCACUGAAAACAAUCUCGGACACCUGUGAUAAUUAGAUUGCCAGGUGAGCCCAAUUUAAGGAAAAACUACUAAAGGAAGGUGUUCCACAUUAUUAAGCAGAGCACCAUUUUCAUGAAAUAUGGGGAAGAAAAAGGAUCUCUCUGCUGCCAAAAAGAGUGAAAUAGUUCAAUGCCUUGGACGAGGUAUGAAAACAUAAGAUAUUUCACGAACACUUAAGUGUGAUCAUCACACUAUUAAGAGUUGUUUUAGCUCAUUCAGAGCACAGACGGGUUCGUGCAGAUAAAGGCACAUUGAGGAAGAUUUCUGCCAGAUCCAUGCAUCGGAUUAAGAGAGCAGCUGCUAAAAUACCAUUACAUAGCAGCAAACAGAUAUUUGAAGCUGCUGGUGCUUCUGGAGUCCCACGGACAUCAAGGUGUAGAGUCCUCCAGAGUCUUGCAACUGUGCAUAAACCUUCUAUUCGGCCACCACUAACCAAUGCUCACAAGCAGAAACGGCUGCAUUGGGCUGAAAAAUUCAUGAAGAUUAAUUUUCAAAUAGUCCUGUUCACUGAUGAGUGCCGUGCAACCCUAGAUGGUCCAUAUGGAUGGAGUAGAGGAUGGUUGGUGGAUGGCCACCCUGUUCCAACAAGGCUGCGACGUCAACAAGGCAGUGGUAGAGUCAUGUUUUGGGCCGGAAUCAUGGGAAGAGAGCUGGUCGGCCCCUUUACUGAACCAAGUGUGAGAAAGCCAUUCACAACGGAUUUUAAAGGUCUAGGGACAUAGUCUUAAAGGGGCAUUGUCACACAAAGUCUCAAUAUGUCCCCAGACGGUUCUUAAAGGGCCAGCGUGGUCCAAUAAAAGUUCAUUAUGCCCAAAUAAUUAUCUUUAAAGGGCAAUACCGCCAGGGGCCAUAGUCACAAGGCAGGAGGCAGGCAAGUUGUCCCCUCCAAAACUCGUGGCAAACACCCUUAAGUGGAUGAGUUUGCCACACACAACAAAUGACAAUUUUCAAUUCUUUACAACCUAUAAUGUGUUUUGAAACUUACUGUGCGUAAUAAUUUGGAACAGUGUAUUGUAAGUUUAUGUUUAAAACAAAAUAUUGUUAUCAUUACGAGGUUUGUUCAAUAAAAUUUGAAUUGUACUCUUAAUAGUUGAUAACAUGAGAAUUAUGCUGUUAUUUACAUCAAUUAUUUAGGUAAAUGAGAAAAAUAUAAUUUGCAUAAUAAGUUGGAACAGGGUGUAUAUACACAUACACAUACGCUGUGUAAGUGUAUUAUUAUAUAUAUUUAUAUAGUAAUAUCAAAAUACACUGGAAUGAUAUUGAUUAAAUAUAUAUAUAUAUAUAAUUAUAAUUAUAUAUAUUUAUAUAUUAUAAAAUAAAUAAAUAUGCAAAUACAUAAAAAAAAUAAUAAAUAAAUAUAUAUAUAUAUAUAUGUGUAAUUUCAUUCUUUCAUGUUAGCAUGUUAAAUUUUUCAGUUUUUUCACAUUGAAAUUUGCCAUAUUGGUUAGCAGAGAUUGGUCCUUAAUGGGUUAAAUUUUCAAUAGCAGAGAUUGGUCCUUAAUGGGUUAAAUUUUUAUUUGAAAGCAUCUAUCAUGCUCUGAGCAAUAGGCAUCUAGGAGGAUCAGUCUCUGAAGCAGUGUGUUUAGUCAUUUGCAUUUAAUGCAAAGUACAGGAGGACCCUGACUCGUAUGUUUAAUAUCUCCUCAGGGUAGUUCAAGGAUUACACAAAACUCCCGUUACUAUCGUUUGGUUGAUUUUCCAGGAAAAGUAGGUGAAAAGUUCAUGCCUUAUCUUUUAAUAGUGAGCGCUCACAUUUAUGUCAGCAUUAUGCAUUAAGCAUUUUGCAAGUUGUCAAGAGUAGUAUCCAAUUUGUAUAUAGAAGUUAAUUUGUGCAUCUAUACAAGUAUGCACGCACAUUCGCUUUAUGCCUGCUCUCCCAUUCUAUGAUACAAAAGUAGGAACAUUCAUUGUACACUAUGAACUUGCCAUGGAGACAAAAUGAGAAAUGUUUUGACCUUCCUGACUUUGCUGCAUAAAGAUUUAUCCAUUUCAAAAUAUCAAAAUAUAAUGGUUAUAUGAGAAUAAAAACAAGCCUUGAAUAAAAAUGUGUCAGAAUGUAAUAAUAUAUUAUAUGACUCUACUUUCAUGUCCUAUUCAUAAUAUACAUUGCUAGGAACACAUCUUUUAUGUAUACCCAGCUGUUUUAUCCAUAUGUCUUACUCAUUUUUGAAUUAAGGAAACAUCAAGCAUAAAAAAAGGUGAUUUGAUAGAAUGUGAAUAAAAAUUUAACCCAUAUGUUUGUUAAUGCUCGUAAAUGUAACCUCAUAAUGAAAUUGUAAUAAUGUUUUAAUGGGUAUUUUUUUUUUAUAUAUAAUAUUCAGAUCUGGAACUCGUGGGAAAAAAAGGCAAUUAAAAAUUUGUCAACCAACCAUCUGUUCUAUUUUAAAGCUCUUUAUCACACAGGACUUUCACAGUAAAUGUUUGAAGGUUGUUGGUAGGAUUGUAUGUAUAGUUUAACAUCCACGGCUUUGAAAAUGUCUUCACAUUAAACAUAAAAAUUCAGGUUUUAUGGAUUCCAACACCAUUUAAAGAGAGGUUAAGUAGCAGUUUUCAUUUAGUAGCAAGUUAAUUUAGAAAAGUGACAAUUUCUAUUAAAAUCUGCACUUUUUGUAAAAUUAAAAAAAAGGUAUACACUAUUCACACACAAAUCUCUUCAUGGGGUUAAAGUGUUUUAAGUUUUUUGUAGGGUUCCUUUAGAUUCUUUAAUAUUUAGUCAGUAGUCACAAUUUUAAGUGUGCACUUACUUUAGAGCACUCGGUUACAUAUUUUAAGUGUUUGGUCCAGCUGAUCCCUGUUUUAUUUCUUUAUUAUUUCUUUAUUUGAUUUCUUUUUUUCUUUCUUUGAUUUACUGGCUGUCCUCUAACCAUUAGUCAUCUCUUUUGUUGGUGCUAAGAACUGAAAGACAAAUCACGAAUCAAACUAACCUAUUUGGCCAUUGUCUUUGUCAUUUGUUUCGUGAUAUGGCGGUUUAGAGUUAUGGAAUUUGGAAGAUUUGGAAGAAUGCUAUCUGCUAUCCAGUAUUUGAAUACAACCAUAAUACGGUCUUCUAAAAUGAAUGGGACUCACUAGCAGUAGUGGUAGAUGUCUCUUCGUUUUCUUGGGUUUUCUCUAUACUUGGCUGUUCAUCAAAGUAUUUUACAGUUGAUGUUCCAGGAGGGAUAAGCCAAAUGGAAAAUGAUUUAGAAAAAUGGUCAGAGCUUGAGCAACUGACAUUUAAUGUGGAUAAGUGCAAGAUAAUGCUCCUUGGACAUAAAAAUAAAAGGCAGAGCACAGGAUAUUUGAUACCCUACUAAUCUCAACAUCUGAGGAAAGGGAUUUAGGAGUAAUUAUUUCAGAUGACUUAAAGGUAGGAAGACAAUGUAAUAGAGCAGCUGGAAAUGCUAGCAGAAUGCUUGGUUGUAUAGGGAGAGGUAUUAGCAGUACAAAGAGAGAAGUGCUCAUGCCAUCGUACAGAACACUGGUGAGACCUCACUUUAGAGAGAGUUUAGAGAAGGGCUACUAAACUGGUUCAUGGAUUGCAUGAUAAAACUUACAAGGAAAGGCUAAAGGAACUUAACAUAUAUAGCUUGGAGGAAAGACGAGACAAGGGGGAUACAAUAGAAACAUUUAAAUACAUAAAGGGAAUUAACACAGUAAAGGAGGAGACUAUAUUUAAAAGAAGAACUACCACAACUAGAGGACAUAGUUUUAAAUUAGAGGGGCAAAGGUUUAAAAAUAAUUUCAGGAAGUAUUACUUUACUGAGAGGGUAGUGGAUGCAUGGAAAUGCCUUCCAGCUGAAGUGGUAGAGGUUAACACAGUGAGGGAGUUUAAGCAUGUGUGGUAUAGGCAUAAGGCUAUCCUAGACUUAAGAUAAGGCCCGGGACUAAUUCAAAGUAUUUUGAAAUAUUGGGCAGACUAGAUGGGCCAAAUGGUUCUUAUCUGCCAUCACAUUUUAUAUUUCUAUGUUUCUAUGUUACAGGGGUGUCUUCCUAGGGUAUAGUUUUAGGUUUUCCUAGUUACAUGUAGUUCCUUGUUCAAUAUCGAAGAUAUCAUGUAAGCCUCCAAGUCCGGAUGGACCAAAUCUCCUUUCCCCUGCACCACUCUAAUUGCAGAAAGGGACAACACAUUUAGUAUAUUAUGCCUACAAGGAAGCAUUAUGAUAACAAAAUAAGAACAUACUUUAUUUAUUUAAUAAUCUGGACCACUUGAGGCAUUGCUAUUAAAAAGGUUGACUUACCCUAAGUAUUAAUAUCCAUCUAGGAUGUUCUGAACUUGAAGUAUCACUUAAAGUAAAACACUUUAUAUGAUUACACUACAUAAAGUAUAUCGGUAGCAUAUUUACAAUGUAUGUAUGUAUAUAUAUAUAUAUAUAUAUAUUAUAUAUACACACUAUAUAUACACACACACACACAUUUGUGUUCGGUGCAUUCUCAUAUGAUAUAGAAUAAGGUGGGUUGUAGAGAUGUAGCUUUAGGAAUAAUCGGUUGAGGUGUCCCGAAACCGACGUAUGCUGUAGGCUGGUAAAAAGUGGGCUUACAUAGAGGAAAUAUGAACAAUGGGAGUGGAGGGUGGGGCUAUUCGUCUGACCAACAAAGGUAAGAAGGGAAAGGGGGGAGUCCCUUUUAUAGGUCUAUAGCCCCUCCCACAACUUCAGGCCAUACCUUCCAAUUUGUGUUCGGGGCAUUCUCAUAUGAUAUAGAAUAAGAUGGGUUGUAGAAAUGUAGCUUUAGGAUGUAUGCUGUAGGCCGGUAAAAAGUGGGCAAAAAGAGACAUAUUAAUGCAAAACAUUAUACAGGAUAAUAGUGCAUUUGUUAACCAUCAGGUACACAUUUAAAUGAAAGCUUCCUAAUUCCUGAAUUCCUAUGAUUCCCAGCGGCCCCGUGUCUUAACGUGUGCGGGGAUGUCUUUGACUGUGGAGGCUGCUCCUAUCCUAAAGGAGUGCCCUGAGUAGUCGCUAGGGUUUAGUUCAAGCCCGGUGAAUGAGUAGGUGCAUGAACUUACCUGUGGUAAGGACAGUAUUGUACAGCGACAGUAAUGGUUAAGUGGUGCAUAUGGUGGCGUGCCCAAGAACGUAACCAGUACCUUAACUGGGCACCCAGCAUUGCUUGUAAGGUAGUAGGUUAUAUGCACUGGCUCGCCCAUCUGACUUGUCUUAGUUUUAGGAAGGGACCGGACAAAGUGGUCUGUGUGUUUUAGAAGAUAAGAGGUCAACAGGCACUCUUGUUUAUGAUGUUGGCCGCUGAUAGUGAGUUAUUAUUAUUAUUUUUUGGGGCUGGAGAAAGCCGUUAAAGGCUAGAUAGGUAGCAGUUUUGAUAACUGCAUUGGUGCGUGGCUCGGAAGGUGCAUGGUCAAGUGGUUCUGACAUGGGUUGAACAUUGUAUGUCUAUGGCCAGUAUUUAGUUUUAGCGGGAACUUCCGCUUGGCUAUGUCUGGGUGGAUGGGGUAGGAGGAUAGGAACCCUUGUUGUUUGGGAAGGAGAAAUACGUAUAGUGUUGAAUGCCCGUGAGAUAAGUUUAACCGUGUUGUGUGAGAAUUUUUAACUUAAGGUGGCAAAAAAAGGCGAAGGCCAUAAGUGGUGAAACCUCAAACCAGCUAUCUAAGUGAUGGUCCGACAUGAAACGUAUUGUACAAGUGGAAAUCCCUGUAGCAAGCGUAUUGAGUGCUGGUGGACAAGGCCAGGUUAGUCAGAGCCCGGCUAUGUUGGCGAGGUUCAUGUAACCAUGACGUUGACCAUAAAUGACCCCCCUGCCAUUGCGGCUGUCACGGCAGCUGCCACAAUAGUUUACCAUUACGUGUGGUUAAGAAAGUCCACCAUAUGUGUAGGUCUGCCGUGGCUUGGUUUUCUAGGGACAGCCCCUGAUCAUCAUGCUGUAGUGUGGAAAAAGCAAAGUGGUCUUAGAUGAAAGCGCAGCCUGCGGUAUGAUGCACAUGGCAAAAUCUAAGGAACCUGGUAGGGAUUGUAGUUCCAUGCGGUUGCAAGUACCAAGCAGGAGGUGGUAAUUGGUGUUGUUGUGACUGUUCCUAUUUCUCACGUGGUAACUUGUUGGCAUGGAUGCAGAGUCAAGUUGUAUGCCCAGGAAUGUAACGAUAGUGUCUGGGUCUUCUGUGACCUUAGGGAAUACUGGGACACCCAAGUGUUCAGACAUACUAAUGGCUUCCUUGAAGCUUCUAGUUGCCCUUUGACCAACAGGAAUUCAUCUCGGGAUUGUAUGACUGUGGGGCAUCUGGAUAUGUUUAACCACAACCAGCAAAGAGUUCAACGAAUAUACUGAAGAUUGUGGGCUGCUCUUGACCCGAAAGUUAAGUGGGAGUAGAAAUAUAUAACUGCUGCCCAUAAAUGUCCUGUAAGUGCCAGUGUAGGUUGGAUGGUGGCAGUCUGAUAUGCGUUUGUGAUAUCAGUUUUACUUAACCAGGCUUCCCACCUGCUUGAGUGAUAGCUGUAAUGGUAUGAACAAUGGUAGCAUACUGUAAUGAAAACUCCUCGGAGGGUAUGAAGGAGUUGAGACUUGGGGUAGCCGAGGCGUGAGGUGCAGAUAAGUCUAUGAUCAGUUACAGUGGGAGGGAAGAUUCCCUGUGACAAUCCCAAUGGGAUUGUGCCACGCUGUAAAUGGUGUAGAUCAGAGAGGCCCAGGUAGAAAUCUUUCUGCCAUUUCUUGGGCCAUGAAUGUAAUGCCAGCUGUUGGAUGCUGCUGUGAUGAGUGCAAGUUAGGGCAUUCUAGAUUCCCCCUAAAGUAUAUGGUAAUACCUGUAUGGAAGGCCUUUAAAAUUCGGAGGUUAGGAAAUGAACAAAAUGUCUGGAAGGGUGAUGAGUUAGAAAGUACUGGAAAUGCAUAAUGUUUACAGACGUGAAGUAAGGUUCAGGGUACAUUUAUUGGGACACAUGGUUUUUUCAUGUGCCCUGACAUAUUGAGAACAUAUCUGCAACAGUCUUCAUGCACUGAAACUACAUGUGCCAACAUGGAAAUUGUUGCCAAUCUGGGAUUUGCCAAAGAAAAUGAGACGACCCAAUUUGUCUCUGGUAGUUCUCUAUGUACUACCAGAGGUGCUAGAGCCUGGAGCCUGAAACAUGAUCAUCCACUGUGUUGGGACAAAGUUGUCGUGUGGGACUGGCAACAUCUUCUCCAAGUGAAAGUGUGUUGACUCUAGCUGGAGUGUUACGUAGAGAGAAAUCCUUGCCACCUGCUUGAUAUAUACUAAAAAACAUGAAGAUAUUAUAUGAACCCAGAGUGUGCUAGUACUGACUUGCUAGCUAAAGCCGCAUGGAGAAACAAUUAAUCCUUUGUUUGGUGACAGGUGAGGCCCUGCUAGUUGCCAAGUGGCUUGAGAGGCUCUAUCGAUUUUUGUUGCCACCAAACGUAGUGGCAGGAUGUUGGCCUCUCGGUGACUGUAACCAGAAAAAAGGGGAAGGGAGUGACAGGUGAGGCCCUCUCUAAAUACCAUGCGAGGCUGCUAGCUCACGUGUGGCCCGAUGGGUGUUUGCCUCCGAGCGUUGAGGCUGGGUGUUGGCCUCGCGGGACCACUAUACGACAGGCGUAGAUGCCAAGAAAGGAGAAUACCUAUUGGAAACCUAUAGUCCCUAACUGCCAGUACGCUAAGGAUAUACCCAGGGGAAACAGAAAAUGUAUGUAUAUACCACAUGAGCAGGUGUAUGUACCUGGUAGUAUGAUUAGAUACCCUUACUGGUCGUAAGGGUUAUUAAUACUUGUAUCCCGGACGGGUAAAACAAUGUAUGAAAAUUGAAUAUAGACAUUUAAAAGCGUAUAACCUUAUGUGUGUUAUGCAAGUUUAAUAGAGCAAAGUGCUCCGUCCCAAUGUUUAUUGUAUGCUUGUAAUGCCCCUGUUUGAAGGAAAUUAACUUGUUGGGAGUGUUAUAUCAUGUGUGAUAUGGAAUACAACUGUACCCCGAAACAUGAGUGUAGUGAACCAUGACUGGCAGCUGAAUAACCUAAUAUGUGAAAAUACGUAAUUGGAAGGACAUAUUUUAAGCAUGCAAACAUACAAAUAUUCCGUAUUAGACUCUGGAAUCCUGCAUAGUGCUUUAAAUAAUAUGUGCAUUCUUGGGUAAAUGUAUGCGUAUUGUCAGUAAAUGUAACUAAAUGCCUAUGUAGCCAGGUAUGCAGGAAUGAUUAUAUCAUAGCAAGCAUGAGUUGUAAGGAAGUGUUAUUGUGUAAUUAUAAUUAUAGUGGGAAUGUUAUGAGGGGAAUAACCAUAUGUCUGAAAAGCCUGUAGUAUACCGUUUGACAGAUAGUAGUAUAAAAGCGAAAAUGCUGUAGUUAGUUUGUUUGCUUAUGAAGUGAAAUAAAGAUUAUUUCUGAUGACUUAAAGGUAGGCAGACAAUGUAAUAGAGCAGCAGGAAAUGCUAGCAGAAUGCUUGGUUGUAUAGGGAGAGGUAUUAGCAGUAGAAAGAGGGAAGUGCUCAUGCCAUUAUACAGAACACUGGUGAGACCUCACUUGGAGUAUUGUACACAGUAUUGGAGACCGUAUCUUCAGAAGGAUAUUGAUACCUUAGAGAGGGUUCAGAGAAGGGCUACUAAACUGGUUCAUGGAUUGCGGGAUAAAACUUACCAGGAAAGGUUAAAGGAUCUUAACAUGUAUAGCUUGGAGGAAAGACGAGACAGGGGGGAUAUGAUAGAAACAUUUAAAUAUAUAAAGGGAAUCAACACAGUAAAGGAGGAGACUAUAUUUAAAAGAAGAAAAACUACCACAACAAGAGGACAUAGUCUUAAAUUAGAGGGACAAAGGUUUAAAAAUAAUAUCAGGAAGUAUUACUUUACUGAGAGGGUAGUGGAUGCAUGGAAUAGCCUUCCAGCUGAAGUGGUAGAGGUUAACACAGUAAAGGAGUUUAAGCAUGCAUGGGAUAGGCAUAAGGCUAUCCUAACUAUAAGAUAAGGCUAGGGACUAAUGAAAGUUUUUAGAAAAUUGGGCAGACUAGAUGGGCCGAAUGGUUCUUAUCUGCCGUCACAUUCUAUGUUUCUAUGUUUCUAUGUAAGUCUGAGAAGCCUGUAGUAUACCGAUUGACCGGUAGGGGUCAGCAUGUAGGCGAAAAUGCUGUGGUUCGUUGGUUUGUACAGGAAAUGCAAUAAUGUCUGAGAAGCCUGUAGUACACUGAAUGACCGGUAGGGGUCAGUGUGUAGGUGAAAAUGCAGUGGUUUAUUGGUUUGUACAUGAAAUGCAAAAACGUCUAAGAAGCCUGUAGUACACCGAAUGACCGAUAGGGGUCAGUGUGUAGGUGAAAGAUGCAGUGGUUCGUUGGUUUGUACAUGAAAUGCAAUAAUGUCUAAGAAGCCUGUAGUACACCGAAUGACCGGUAGGGGUCAGUGUGUAGGCGCAAAUGCAGUGGUUUGUUGAUUUGUACAUGAAAAGCGAUAAUGUCUAAGAAGCCUGUAGUACACAAAAGACCGUAGGAGUCAGUGUGUAGGCGAAAAUGCAGUGGUUCAUUGGUUUGUACAUGAAAUGCAAUAAUGUCUGAGAUGCCUGUAGUACACUGAAAUGACCUGUAGGGGUUAGUGUCUAGGUGAAAAUGCAGUGGUUCGUUGGUUUGUAUAUGAAAUGCAAUAAUAUCUGAGAAGCCUGUAGUACACUGAAUGACCGGUAGGGGUCAGUGUUUAGGUGAAAAUGCAGUGGUUUAUUGGUUUGUACAUGAAAUGCGAUAAUGACUAAGAAGCCUGUAGUACACUAAAAGACAGGUAGGGGUCAGUGUGUAGGCAAAAAAUUGUAUUUCGUUUGUAGUUUUAACCGAACAGAUUUUAACCAAAACAGAUUUUAACCAAAACAGAUUUUAAACAACAGAUUUUACAUGAACAGCUAGGUGAGUAUAAGGUAACGAAAUAACCGUGCAAAACGAAAGGAAACCGUAAAGUGAGGACCCGUGCUGUGCUGAACACCAUGGGAACUAAUCCUGGCGCGACAGGUGGGUCAACGGUUUGAGAGUCCCUGAGACACCAAAUGCGAUGCUGACCGGAGAGAAAGCCACUGGAUUAAUGGAAAGCCCUCCUGCAGGAUUCCUGGACACAGCUUGGAGUAGGAGACCUCAUGGAGCAAAGGUGAAACCAAAAUGGCGUCUUGUAUCACCUGGAAGUGGAUCUCAUGCAAAUGCUGACCUCAAACAGUCUAUUUGUCUGACCAACAAAGGUAAGUAGGGAAAGGGGGGAGUCCCUUUUAUAGAUCUAUAGCCCCUCUCACAACUUCAGGCCAUGCCUUCCAAUAUAUAUAUAUAUAUAUAAAAAAAAAUAAGAAUAAUUUAUCAACAAUAUAGACUAUUAUUCUUAUGCAGCACAACUUAUUGAUGCAUAUUGCAGUUACUAUAAGUAUACAAACAGUUCAUUGUUGUUUGUACCCCUCUAUGAUUAUUGGGCAUUUUUCUCUAUAUGCCUGUCGUGAUACGCUUUUAGCUUUAUAUUUUAUAUAUAACCAUCUCUGCUAAGUGACUUUUCCUUAUCCAUUUAUCUCUUUGUUCUUGCCCCUUUGUUCUUGAUUUUAUCUUGUUCUUUUGUUCUUCGUAUUGCUUUGUUCUUUUGCAACAAUUUCUUGCUUCCUCUGUAAAUUUCUUACUUUCUUUGCAUCCAAUAUAGUGCCCAUGUUGAUGCCACAUUAUCCUCUGUGUACUCUUGUUACUUCCUUCUCCAUUGUUGUUUUUCCUAGUCUCCUCUACUUGUCUAUUGGUCAUCUUUCCCUGUGCAAUUUGUUACAAUUUAACUCAGUAUGCCAUUUCUUUCUCGUCACGAUUAUCUGGAAGCAUUUUUACUAUUAGUGCAACCUCUUUACCCCAAACAUCCAUUUGGUGGCAUUUAUCCUAUAUGCGCAUCAUUUUUACCCUCAGUUCACAUUGUUCCCUGUUAUACAUAUGUUCUGCUCAGUUGCCCAAUAUUUUGAUCUUGUGGAUUAUUUUGUCACAUUUUCCCUGUAUUCUUAUGCCUCUCCAUUUGUAUGUUUCUUUCCUUUGCCUCCCCAUAUCCAUUUCCCCAGCAAAAAAUUACAAUGUCAAUAUUCAUCAAUCCCAUAUGAUCUACACCCGAUGGGAAAUGAAGUUUAUACCAACAUAACCAUGUGUGCUUCCUCUGUAGGUCACCCUUAAACAAACAUACAGCAGUGUUAAGAUGUAUGUUAAAUGUGCAAAGAGCUAUCAGUAGUAUCUGGAAAGAGGGAGGGAGACGUGAAGGAAAGAAUUGUAAGGGGGGAUUGCAAUCAUGGCUAGUAUUAACAUUUAAAAUAUGUUGUUGUUUUUUUUAAGGCCCUUAACCCCUUAAGGACCAAACUUCUGGAAUAAAAGGGAAUCAUGACAUGUCACACAUAUCAUGUGUCCUUAAGGGGUUAAACAGACCAGCUAACUAAUUAUUAAAAAGAGAAAUGUCUGUAUUCCAUAUAAAAAGAAUGUUACAUUUAUAACGAUAAGGACUAAUGUAGCACAGUGUGCACUGCUGUAUCUAAUGAUGAUGUGGAGACAUGGGGUAUAGCCAUAUACACGACACUGUUGAUUUAGUAGGGCCAUGAUGUAUAAUUUGUCUUUGGAUCAUACCUGGAUCAUACCUGGAUCAUACUGUCACUUAAUUUUUAAUUUUCAUAAUAAAGAUAUGUGUGUCCUGAUUUAUAAUGAUUAUUGUUGCUAUAUUAUAAUUUUAACUUAUUAACAGAUGAGAAUAACCCAGAUGAAUAGAGCCCUUUUAAAAGAGACAAGUGUAUUCAAUUUGGACAAUUAAUGUCUAUUUUCAGUGCCUCGUGAGCCACUUUGUUAUAGUGACAGCCAUAAAGUAUUACAGCAACAAACGUUCCAUGUGACUUCUGACUCUGAUCCCCUUUGAAAUCAAUAAAAAGGUAUUCUCACUGUAAAUUGUAUCAUGUAGCUAGAAGAAAGGUCUUGCAAUCUCCAUUUCUCAGUGGGAAAGCUCAGUCAGUUGUGCCUGGAAGGCACUAUUUCCUAGAUAGCCAUCUGUAAUUACUCAUGCACGACACAGAAACUAGUUAGUAAAAAUUAACUAUGGUUAUAACAAUUGGACAAACACUCCCCUGUAAGCAGGGCCAUAGAGUAUACCAUUUAAUAAAUGUGUCUCUUUGUAUUCAUAUUUCAGGCUCCAAGGCAGAUUAAUUGAUUUCUGAAGAGCAAUCCACAAUAUACAGAAUGCUAGAUAUUAACUAUAUUCUAUUAGAUGAACAAAAUCAAUGUGAAAGUCAUCAGAAUUCAGUAUAAAGGACCUCUAGUUUUUAGGUACAGCAUUUUAGGUCUUCGUAGGGGUGAUUACUAUUGUAAUUGUACAUUACAAGCUUGUUUGAGCAUGGCCUUCUUUACCUCUGGACUCUGUCUAUGUCAAUAUUAUUAUGCAUGUCAGUUACUUAUUGUCAAUAAUCCCCAUUUUAUAAUUUCAAAAUCUGUAGAAAUGUCAGCACUAUAUAACUUCCUAUAAUACUACUAUAACUACUACAACUACCACCACUAAUAAUAAUAUUAUGCUCAAAUAUGUCAUAUUGAAGUUAUAGUUUAUGGAUUAUCUAUUUCUGGGGUAGGCAAACUUCAGCACUUCAGAUGUGGACUACAUCUCCCCUGAUGCUUUGCCAGCAUUAUGACUGUAAGGGCCUCAUGGGAGAUCUAGUCCACAAAAUCUAGACAGCCAAAGGUUACCUAUCCCUGAUCUAUCCAAAACAUUUUAAAAAUGAGGUGCCUCCUGCAGCCAUGCUUUUUGAUGUGAGUAUUUCAAUCGUCUGAUUAAUGUGAAUAAUAUCAGCAUUACUAGAAUAAUAGCGGCAGCCAAUUAGUCUGUAAUUCGUUAGUAUUAAUUAAGCUAAUUCUCUUUUUGUAUCUGUGCUGUAUAUAUAUAAAAAUAGAUACAGGGAUCUGAUCUCUAUCAAUCAUCUCACACUCAAUUUACUAAAGACAUUUUUACAGAUGUUAUUUCCAGAAUAUAAAAUGGCUCCUCUCUGUGGGCUUAUUCUGGUAAUUUUUUCAUUAUGAAUCAAAUUUGAAUUUUUAACUAAGAAAACAGUAAUAGAAACCUUUCCAUUGCUGAAGAGAAAGCCAAUAGGCUUUACUUGUAUUUAUUAAAAUCUUCCCCUCUACUUUAGCUAUAAUGGGAUCCCAGCCUGAAAUGUCAUAUCCGCACCAACUUGCACUGUGUAACCAUGUUCCCGGCUGUUGGUGCUCGUUACAGUAACAGUUUCAGAAACUUUGAAGAUGUGUUUCAGUGGGACAUCUUUGCUGUUUUUGUAAGGACUGGGCUUUUAAGGCUUUUAGGGCCUUGGGAUACACUUUUACCAUUGUCUAAAUGGAAUGUGAGGCUCUCAGUGAUACAAUUGAUCUAAUCAGAAUUGAAGGCAAAGAAGAGGCCUGUACUACAGCUCCAACACUUAACAACAUUCCAUGCCAUUGCCACAGAUUGGGCAAUAAAUGUGGCCAUCAUAGUGAAUGGGAGUGCUUUCAUAUAUAGACUCUUGUAUUUGAUGCAUGUUGAUGCAAGGGCAUUGUCUUCCUUAACUGUCUGGCUUUAUUUUAAUUACAUGCAAUAUCAGAGGACAGUCCAAAGAAGAAAACAGAUUCAAUAUUCAUACAAUGACAUAUAUUCCUUGUAUUGACCCUUUAAAUUACUAAACAGCAAAGUGAAAGAAAGUGCUUAAAUUUUGAGUCAUUUUUACUUACAAAAAGUAAAAUGCAGAAGCAAGUUGGAGAUAUAUUUUGGAAAUAUUAAAAUUGUUUUCCAAUAAGGCAACAUUCCUAAAUCGUAUAUUUUAUAUCAGCUGGUUAUAGCAGUGAGAAGGUCACUACCUUAGAACUGUAAAACUUAGGUUAGAAUGCCACUUAGUGUCCUUGGGAAAGACACCUCAUGAUAUUUAUCCAACUACCUCAAAUGCUCAAUAGUAGAUUGUACGCUUGUUUGAGCAGGGUCUUCUUUAGCUCAAAAUGUCUCUUUUCUUUAAUUGUAAAGCUCCGCAAGGGAUGUUGGUGCUAUUUAAAUAUAAUAAUAUAUAUUUUACUAUCUUUAUAUAGAUGGAUUUAAUUAUUUAAUAAAUCAAUAUAAAACUAAAUGUUGUUGCUCCUUAAAAUAGUAAUAUAUUUUCUAUUCUUUUUCAUAGAUUCGUGUAAACGUCAAAAUGAAUAAAUAAGGACCUACUUUUGUCUUUUCAAUCAACA